AUGAAAACAUCGAUACCGUCGGAUGUCUGGGAGAAGAAGAAGGCGCUGAUCGCUCGUUUGUACAAAGACGAAGAAUGGCCGUUGAAGCAGGUGAUCAAGCAGAUUCGCACAGAGGAUUUCAAUCCUAGUGAAACGCAACUGCGAAGUCGUCUGAAGAAAUGGAGAGUUACCAAGCCGUCCCGCCAGAUCCGAAAGAAMCCCGCCGGCGAGCAGGGAGAUAACAAUGAGGAAGACGACGAGGAGGAUGGAUCGGAAGGAAUGUCGCCCGUGGAGACGAGGAACAAGAAUGAUAUGAAGAAUAGUACCCCGAAUACGUCCGCAGCUAUGGCAAUUCCCACCCCACCACAAUCGCAGUAUUCUCAAAGUGAGAACCUCGCAAUCACUCGCGAAUGGUACCCGACGGACGUAUGGGUUCAGUCGCAACAGGAACAACAACAUGUCUCCCCACAGCAGGCCGUGAUGGUCACGCAGCCUGAAGUUAUUACUACACAGGCUUGGACCGGAUCAAUUUCUGCGACCAGUCCUGUUAUGACUACUACCCCAGAACAGCAUUCAUCUCAUGGCUCGAUCAGUCAGAUCAAUACUCCUGUUGUCGCGCAAUUCGCGACGCAUAGUCUCCCUGCCUACGAUCUCCCUACACAGCAACAACCACAGCAGCCAUCGCCAACAAAUAGCAUUCCUCCACCACAAACUACCCAUGUGCUGUCGCCAACCUACGUUUCUCCAACCUAUGCUAUGGCCCCCAUCUCAUACCCACAACCCGCACCACCGAAAACAACGCACUGGCCCACUGGAAACGACUUUAUUGAACCAGACUCCAACCCGGCGGCAGCGUUGACCAUGCAGCCAACCAGCUGGUAUACCGGUUUGUACGAUACAGCAGGCGCAAACGCGGCCUACUACCAUGGACGAGCCGUAAAUCCCGUUGCCGGAUACAACAACCCGGUUAUGCAACAUAUGCCUUCUCCACAGGGAAUGGGCGCGUCGUACCAACUUCAAACACAUGCACAUGCACAGACGCAAGCACAACCCAUGACACAAGCCUCGGGUUACCAUGGCUAUGACGAGGGCGUAUCUGUGCGACCUUGGCGACGGGCAACGACGUCGCAUUAUACACCCGAGUAUGCGCCUGGGGUUGUCCGGGUUGAUCGACAGGGCCGUCAACGCAGGCCUGUGUCGGAUCGAAAAUCCAAGGAAUCGGCGGAAGAGAUGGAUCUGAUGGCUCAGCAGCAUCAGCAUCAAGAACAAGAACGCCUUCAAUCGAUGCAGCAGUCCAUGCACCCUGCUUAUCAGCCCGCACAGCCGCAACACCCACAAUACAUCGCAGCAGGUCAUCCGCAUCCAUUGAUUCCUCACGAUAUCUACGCUUAUGCGGGUCAUGAGCAGUUAUUACAAAGGCCUCUCGGUCAUUGA